CUUACCCCUCUAGAGUUUGAGUCUGCAUGGAAGGAUAUGGUGAAUGAAUAUGGCCUUGAGUCAGAUCCUACGAGCAACAGUUUGUAUGAUCAGCGUGCACGUUGGAUUGCGGCAUACUUCAAAGCUGUUUACUGUGGGAGAAUGACGUCUACGCAGCGCAGUGAAAGCAUGAACAGACUUGUGAAAAGACAUCAUGUUAACACUACGACACCUUUGCAUGAGUUUGCACGAAAAAUGUACCUAGUCUUGCAAAAGAGAAAAGAAGCAGAAGGCCGAGAGACCAUUGCAUGUCAGGCACGCCCAGCAACAAUAACAAACUACCCUCUGGAAAAUCAGUUGAGCAGGAUCUAUACCCGUGCCGUAUUCAACAAAUACAAAGAUGCAUAUGUUUAUGGAACAUCUUUCCUUACAAAGAAAGUGGAUGUUGGUCGUUUCCUUGUGGUCUAUGGUAGAGAUGGCCCGUCUUUUUCUUGGUCCCAACAUGAGUUCAAAGUGGUUUGUGAUGAAGAAAAAGAAGACUACAGAUGUGAGUGCAUGCAGUGGGAGCACACAGGAUUGUUAUGCCCACACCUUAUUAUAGUGAUGACAAAUGAGCAGAUUCAGAGGCUUCCUAGCAAGUAUGUGCUAAGAAGAUACACAAGGAAUGCACGGAUUGACCCUCCUUACGACAGGAAUGACACUCUCCAAGUUGGAGCCGAUGGGACGCUAGUUAGCGUAACGCACUUUAAUAUGCUCAGGGAGGCUUUUGCCUGUGUUAGAGCAGGUGACAGAUCAACAAUUGCAUCUGUAAGAGUCAUGAAUGUGUUGAAGGAACUUAGGGCGCAGGUCGAGGAUCUGCGUGCUGAUGUAAUGCCCGUGUUUGAUGAAGGAGGUUGCAGUGCUCCAGCUGACCGUGAGAUGAUUAGUUUUAAAGCCCCGCCACUAUCGAAAACAAAGGGCUCUAGAUCAGAAGAAGGAGAAAGACAUAUCGGCGCACGCGGGCCAAAGAAGUGCACAAGAAGAUGCAGCAAAUGUGGCCUUAUGGACGGUCACAACAAGGCGUCAUGCACCAACAAACAACAAAGCAUUGCGACUGGUGGUACCAAAGGAGGCAGGGGGAAGACGGGCUGGGGGAGGGGAAGGGGAAGGGGAACUACAACUCGGCGCCGUUUAAUAGAUGAGCUGGAAGAAGAUGAAGAUGAUGUGGUAGAUGGUGAAUCAUCUUGCGGAAUAGAUGAUAGCGAUUAG